AUGGUGGUUCACAAGGUCGAGAAAUUGAUACCAAAUCUCGGACACAAGCAGAGGUACGUGGUACAUAUCAGAGCCCUUCUUCAAGCUCUAAAACACGGGCUCGAGCUUAAGAAGGUGCACCGGGUCAUCCAGUUUAACCAGAAGCCCUGGUUGAAGGGUUAUAUCGAUCACAACAGGAGUCUGAGAACUGCCGCCAAAAACGAGUUCGAAAAGGACUUCUACAAGCUUAUGAACCUCUUGGUGUUCGGCAAGACUAUGGAGAACCUGAGGAACCAUCACAACAUCCAGCUGGUUACCAACGAGGACAAGUAUACGAAAUUUGUCAUGAAGCCAAACUUCAAGGGUGAAAACUACUUCAGCAGCCACCUCAUGGGUGUGGAAAUGGGUAAAGCAGAGGUCAAGAUGAACAAACCGGUGUAUACUGGUCAAGCUAUUAUAGACAUGUCGAAAAUCGCGAUAAGUGCCUACGGCAAAGAUGAUGGCAGACCUCUCCCCAUUGGCAAAAACAAAAAGGUCGUAGGUCUCAUGAAGGAUGAGCUAAAUGGUAAAAUCAUGACAGAGUUUAUCACAUUGAGAGCAAAACUCUAUGCUUACAAGAGUCUCACGAAAGAGGGCGGCGAUCGCAAAGCUAAAGGUGCAAAGAAGUGUGUAACCAAAAAAUCCAUCACCUUUGAAGAUUACCGGCGCUGCCUAGAGGAUGAUGUCGAUGUAUACAAAACCUGGGUCUGCAUCCAGAAAAGGGCAUCAAAUCAAUAG